ACAAAAAACGAAACUGCCGUAGGUACAAAUGCCACCUCUUCAACUGGCGACAGUGACAGCAGCACCGCGGUCUCCCACACCACCUCCCCUCUUUUGCUUCUUCUUGUUGUUGCUUGUGCGGCUGCGGCUGCGGUGGUGGCCGCGUGA